AAGCAAAUGCAAAGAAAACAAAUAAGCAAAAGAAAUAUUUUUCUAUACAAAAAGAAAAAAUAAUAUUCGGAUAGCUUACAAAUAACGCUGAGGAGAAGGAAGAGAGAAGAAACAGUGAAGAAAAAGAAAAAAAAAAGUCAUUAAUAUUCUCCAUCGAUUUUUGCCGACCGAGGAAUAUAUCUUCUUCCGCUUCUUCAUUUCAACAGAAAUUUUCUUUGAAAUCGGUUUGAUUCAGCCAUGGCUAACGCAGCGUCGGGAAUGGCUGUGCACGAUGAUUGCAAGCUAAAAUUCUUGGAACUGAAGGCAAAACGAACAUUCCGUACCAUAGUGUACAAGAUUGAGGACAAGCAAGUGAUUGUAGAGAAACUCGGCGAGCCUGAACAAUCAUACGAUGACUUUGCAGCAAGUCUUCCAGAUAAUGAAUGCCGAUAUUGCAUCUAUGAUUUCGACUUUGUCACUGAGGAGAAUUGCCAGAAGAGCAAGAUUUUCUUCAUCGCAUGGUCUCCUGACACAGCCAAAGUGAGAGACAAGAUGAUUUACGCGAGCUCUAAGGAUAGGUUCAAGCGAGAGCUAGAUGGGAUUCAAGUGGAGCUUCAAGCAACCGAUCCAACCGAGAUGGGUCUUGAUGUUUUCAAGAGCCGCACCAACUAAGCAAAACAAAACCCUUGCAAAGGGCAUUGAAUAAGUUUGUUUUAUGGAGUGAUGAUAUAUGUUUCUGUUAACAGUUUCCUCUUGACGGUUAUGAAACUUUUAACUCCUUUCAUUAUAUUUGGGUAUUAUUGUAUUUGAUGUCUUGAUGACGAUGUGUUUCAUCUAUCAACUAUGAGAUUGUGUACCCUUGUGGUGGUUUGCAAUCUGUGUCAGUUUAUAGUUAUGUUACAAUACGUGAAAAAUCAAAUUGGUGUUAUUGAUAUAUGUUAUGUGGCUUUAAGCCUUUGUCUC